AUGAAGUCUUCCUCCGGCCGCCUGCUGAUCGACAUUGUCUCUGUCUGUCCUCCAGUGUCUCUGUCCAUCAGUCCAAACCUGCAGCAGUUCUUCACUGGGGACUCCUACGUGUCCCUGAGCUGUCUUCAUGAGGGACGGACAGCAGAGGGAUGGACGGUGAGGGGGACAGGACCGGCUGGGGACUGUGGACCGCCUGGUUCUGGUUCCGGUCCGUCCUGUGUCCUCAGCCUCUCUGGACCUUCAGCUGGACAGUUCUGGUGUGAAGCGUCUUCUGGACAGAAGAGUGACAACGUCAGCAUCACGGUGCUGGGUAAAGGCCUCGUCCUGGAGAUCCCGGCCCUUCCUGUCAGAGCAGGAUGUGAUGUCACGCUGCGCUGCAGGCGCAGUAACGGUGACAUCACUGCGGCGUUCUUCUUCGUGGGUCAGCGCCGGCUGGGAUCCGGACCGGAGCUGGUUCUGCAGCCGGUCCGCCGGGCCGAUGAAGGCUCUUAUUGGUGCUCCACGGACCGGUUUGGGAGGUCUCCUCUCGGCUUCCUGAGGGUCACAGGUCCUCCUCUUCCUCCUCCUCUGGUGUCGGGUCCAGCCCGUCCUACAGGUCCUCCUUCAUCGUCUCCUCCUCUUCCUCAGGCCUGUGUCUCGGUUCCUCGCCUGCUCUGCCACCUGCUGGUUAUCUGUCCGUACUGCGCCUGCAGCGUCCUGCUGCUGCUCAGGUGCUGCAGCAGGACGUCAGGCGGAGCUCCGCCCCCUCACCUGGCCCUCCUGGCUCCGCCCACAGGACCCCAACCCGCCGUCGCCAUGGAGACCACACAGCCUGCAGAGCUGGACCGGGUCACCACGGAGCACGACUUCUGA